GUGUGUGUGUGUGUGUGUGUGUGUGAGUGUGUGUGGGGGGACGACACACAACAAACUCUGUUUUGUUUCUCUUCAUGGCUUUUAAGUGUGUAAAGUAUUCUAUGCCACACAAAGUGCUCAGCUGGAAUAACAAACAGGUUGAAGCGAAUGAGUAAAACGUAAUCCAAAGGACAAUAACGUGGUCAUAUGUGCAGAGAGAAGCAGCUGAGGGACGGACUUGGACCACAAAGUGCUACUGCCAACACACCCAGGCUGAAAACUCGGGAAGGCGAUAAACACAGCUAACGAUGGAGGAACAGCAACCUAAAAAGAGGAAGAAGCCACGAAAAAUAUGUGGGACAAACUAUCCACUAAGCAUUUCCUUCAUCGUAGUCAAUGAGUUCUGUGAGAGAUUCUCCUAUUAUGGCAUGAAAGCGGUGCUCACACUUUACUUCAUUCAUUACCUCCACUGGAGCAAUAACUUCUCCACAGCUAUAUACCAUGCAUUCUCUGGCCUGUGCUACUUUACCCCUAUAUUAGGGGCCAUCAUUGCUGACUCAUGGCUGGGGAAGUUCAAAACCAUCAUCUAUCUGUCAAUCGUGUAUGUGAUAGGCCAUGUAGUAAAGUCUCUUGGUGCAAUACCAGAUGUAGGGGACAACAGUGCACACAUCGGUCUGGCCAUGUUUGGCCUCAUCCUCAUUGCAUUUGGAACAGGAGGAAUCAAACCUUGUGUGGCAGCGUUUGGAGGGGACCAGUUUGAGGAGCAGCAUACAGAGGAGAGAAGAAAGUUCUUCUCAAUCUUCUACAUGGCAAUUAAUGCUGGGAGUGUACUUUCAACCAUCAUCACACCAAUUCUACGAGGUGACGUUCAGUGCUUCGGAGGGGAUUGUUAUGCGCUGGCCUUUGGAGUCCCUGCGGCUUUAAUGCUCACCGCUCUCUUGGUUUUCCUUGCUGGUAGUGGGCUCUAUAAUAAAUCCCCACCUGAGGGAAAUGUCUUAAUGAAUGUCUUCAGGUGCAUUUGGUUUGCCAUAAGCAAUCGAUGGAGAAGCGGCAAGAACAGCCCAAAACAGGAUCACUGGCUAGAUUGGGCUGAGGCAAAGUAUUCGAAAGUUCUAAUUCAGGAGAUCAAAAUGGUGCUCCGUGUGCUGGUUCUCUACAUCCCAUUGCCUAUGUUCUGGGCACUCUUUGACCAGCAGGGAUCUCGCUGGACUCUGCAGGCCACCCGUAUGAACAUGGAUUUUGGUGGAGUAUUUGUAGUAAAGCCUGAUCAAAUGCAGAUGCUGAACGCUUUUCUCAUUCUGGUGUUCAUUCCUAUCUUUGACAUGGGCGUGUACCCGCUCAUCAGCCUUUGUCGGAUCAGCGUCACGCCUUUAAGGAAGAUGGCCACAGGAAUGAUCCUGGCUGCAAUUGCUUUCUGUGUCGCAUCUAUAGUGGAAGUCAAUGUCAUUAAAACCGUUGUGGAACCUCCACCAGCUAACGAGAGUUUGCUGCAAGUCCUUAACCUUGUUAAUGGAAAUCCGGUGUCUGUACAAAUUACUGGACUUGAUAUUUUCCCUGAAAAAAUAGAAUCAUAUAAGGAUCCUGUAGGAUACACUAGACUUCCAAUUGGGGAUGUCCAGAAAGUCUUACCAGUCACUGUCACUCAAAACGGAGUGGGUCACCCGUGUGAGCUGAAUGUCACUCAGCACACUGCCUAUAGUCUCAUCUUGUAUAGUGAGGACUCUAAAGUUAAGUGUAAACAGGACAAGGAUAAUAUCAUCAAAUCCGAGAAUGGAGAAGCUUUCAUCAGAUUCAUCAACGCCCAGUCAGAGAAUAUGAACAUAACAAUAGGCAAUGUAAAUUUCUUUGCAUCGAGCAAUUACGGGAUCUCAGAGAUUAAAGGUGUUGAAAGAGGAAAAUACAAUGAAGUUCUCUGCAAAUCAGACACAAAGACUCAGCAUAUUGAUCUGGGGCUUCUUGACUUUGGAGCCUCAUACACAUUUGUUCUUUCCGGGGAACCAAAUAAUUUAACAGUUCAUAAGAUGGAAGAUGUUGAGGCAAACAAUGUGCACAUCGCCUGGCAGAUCCCACAGUACAUCCUCAUCACUGCAGGGGAGGUCAUGUUCUCCAUCACUGGUCUAGAAUUCUCAUAUUCACAGGCCCCAGCCAGUAUGAAGUCUGUGCUGCAGGCAGGAUGGCUUCUUACUGUGGCUUUUGGGAACGUCAUUGUGCUGAUUAUAGCAGAGGGAGCUGGACUGGAGCAGUGGGCAGAGUUUCUGCUCUUUGCUGCACUGCUGGUUGCAGUAAGCAUUAUCUUCUCCAUCAUGGCCUAUUUCUACACCUACGUGGACCCUGAUCACCUGGACAUGCCCAAUGAAGGGGACAACAUGGAGAAUGAAGAGAAUAUUAACAUGACUUAAGUUCCAAAGAGCACAAAGACUUAGAAUAAUGACUUGUUGCUUCUGGUGCAUACUUUAUGUUAAAUAAGAUAAAACUAAUGAUAUCGGUAGGGAAAUACUGUUCAUUGUAUUUUUGUUAACAAUGUUAUUUUUUAAUGGCAGUGGUUUAGGACCAUUGUAAUGGAACAUACAGAAUAUUUAAAUCAAGCUCAUAAUGAUUAGUGUGAAUUUACAGACUAAUAUAAACAUAUUAUUGCUUAGCUCCGCUUCUUUUUGUGAAAAUAAUUGUGUAAAUAAAAUUCAUUGGUGCUCGA